CACGACAAAGCUGACUAAAACUGGAAUCGUGGUCAGAAGUCAGCAACGAGACACAACGUUCGCUGAAUAAAGUAACUGCUCGGUCUCCUCUUGUAGUGAAAGAGUCCUCGCUUAUCUCAGGGGUAAGCUCACCACUGCAUACCAAGUCACACAUCACAACUUAUCCGGAUCCUGGGGCGAAGCCUACUUGUUCUACCCCGCCUCGUCAUAAAAUUUUCUCCAAGCAUUGUUUCUUCCACUUGGGCAGAAUGGCCGAAACCAGAAUCUUCCCAGACAAAAACCUCGUCUCUACUUCAAGUCUAGAAAACCUACCCAAGGAACUCCACAGUCUCAUCUUUCAGGCCUUGCCCGACUGCGCAUCUCUCCAGGCACUCGUCCAGGCAUCACCAUCGUACCACGCCUCUUACAUCAGCCAACGCCAACACAUUCUCUCGAGAGUACUUCUCAACGAGCUGGGUCUCGAUGGGUUGUAUCUUGCCUUCGCGCUAGAACAAGUUUGCAUUCUCCCUUGGCUUCAACGGGAUUACGAAGAGCAGCUUCAUCUAUUCCACCAAUCUUUCUUUGGGCACUUUUUCAAGCGCUUUCUUGACUCUGCGACGACGGAUUGGACGCCGGACACCGAUCUCGAUACACUGACGUGGAUUUGUCGACGCCAUUGGCUGAUCCGCUCUGUAGCUCUUGAAUAUAUCGCAGAUAAAAUCAAGGUCAAUCCUUUGACCGGCAAUGUUGUGCGCAAUGGUCAACCAGCUACAGCGGAAGAAUGUCGCCGUAAAUAUCGCGCGCUCUAUCACUUCGAGAUCUAUCGUUGUUUAUUUGUGUCCUAUACUUUGACGGGCGAUACAGAGGAUGCGUAUUAUUAUCAACAACGAGUGCAGCUCGGUGGCUGGGAAUACGGGACAUCGAUGCGAUACCUCCCGAAUAUUGAUGUUUGCGACGCAGAAGGAGUGGCAUGUGUGCGGAAGUUUCUCUCUAGUCAGUACAUGAAGCGGAUGACAACAGACUGCAGAGAGGAGCUUCAACGCUUGGAAGACCAUCCACCUGAUUGGAAUCCGAUUUCAAAAGGCAUAUAUGGAUUCUGAAUACCAUUCCCACUUUAUUAAUACUAACUCCAAUGCAGUUGACGUCGACUCGAGCGAAGAGACUAACUUCAGAGGUUGGACAAUGAGCUACGAAGAAGAAAAAAUCGACUACUGGAUGUCCCUUGGCCUCGGUUUCUUCAAAAGA